CUAUGAGUUGUUAGUGAAAGAAAAUAAAAUAAAAUAAAAAAGGCCUUUUUCUUUUCAAUGGACUAACCGAGGCCUCUUCAUAUUUUUAUUUUUAUGUUUUAAUACUAACAAAUAAGAUAACUUUUUCAAGAACAACAUAGUCCCCAGAUUUUCUUUUACUUAAUCUUUGGUUGAGUGCCAAAUCAUCUCUCCCUUUCUCUCUCUCUCCAUAAGUCAUACAGAGAAAAGAAAAAAAAAACAAGAUAGAGUGAGUAGAUUAUCCUCAAACAAACUAGCAGAACUGAAAAAGGAAAAAAAAACUAGAAGAAAAACUUACAAGGAAUGAAUGGUGUCAUUGACUUUGAAUCAGAUGAUUCUGAGUUUGUUGAAGUUGAUCCUACUGGAAGAUAUGGAAGGUACAAUGAAAUUCUUGGUAAAGGGUCGUCAAAGACAGUUUAUAAAGCAUUUGAUGAGUAUGAAGGGAUUGAAGUAGCAUGGAAUCAGGUGAAGCUUUAUGACUUUAUGCAAAGUCCUGAAGAUCUUGAGAGGCUAUAUUGUGAAAUUCAUUUGCUCAAGACCUUGAAGCACAAAAACAUCAUGAAAUUUUACACUUCUUGGGUUGAUGUUGCUAAUAGAAACAUUAACUUUGUCACUGAGAUGUUCACUUCUGGCACUCUUAGACAGUACAGGCUAAAACAUAAGAAGGUUAACAUUAGAGCGGUAAAGCGUUGGUGUAGACAGAUACUGAAAGGGCUUAAUUAUCUGCAUAGCCAUGACCCUCCUGUUAUACACAGAGACCUCAAGUGUGAUAACAUUUUCAUCAAUGGGAACCAAGGGGAAGUCAAAAUUGGUGAUCUUGGCCUUGCUGCUAUCCUCCGCAAAUCCCAUGCUGAACGUUGUGUAGGAACACCAGAAUUCAUGGCUCCGGAGGUGUAUGCGGAAGAAUACAAUGAAUUAGUGGACAUUUAUUCAUUUGGAAUGUGUAUUUUAGAAAUGGUGACUUUUGAAUAUCCAUACAGUGAGUGCACUCAUCCUGCUCAGAUCUACAAAAAAGUAACAUCUGGGAAAAGGCCAGAUUCCCUUUACAAAGUCACGGAUCCUGAAGUUCGUCGAUUUGUUGAGAAAUGCUUGGCAACAGUAUCUCACAGACUAUCUGCAAAGGAGCUUCUUGAUGACCCUUUUCUCCGAGUUGAUGAUUACGUAUCAUCAGACUCAGAUACACCAAAUUAUUUGCAGGACUCUUGUGAAUUAGACCCUACAUUAGGGCAUCGUCUCUUGAGUUGUCAAAACAACUCUCUAUCAAAUGGCUGUCUUGGUUAUCUUGGAUAUGAGCCAGAUGAUGAUUCGUACUACCAUCAACUUGACUAUGAGGCAAAUGAAAUUGAUCUAUUCACGGAUAACGAAGAGGAUGAUAUGGAAAAUGUUGAUAUCAGUAUCAAGGGAAGGAGGAGAGAAGAUGACGGCAUCUUUUUACGACUCAGGAUAGCAGAUAAAGAAGGUCAUGUCCGCAACAUUUAUUUUCCUUUUGACAUUGAGAAUGACACAGCACUAACCGUCGCUACUGAAAUGGUGGCCGAGUUGGAUAUUACAGAACAAGAUGUUACCAAGAUAGCAGAUAUGAUAGAUGGUGAGAUUGCUUCCUUAGUUCCUGAGUGGAAGAGGGGGUUAUCGAUAGAGGAAACCCCCGACUCCAUGAACCGUGGCAGCUGUCACAAGUGUGCUUCUAAUGGUUCUCUUGUGAACUACCUAGCGUCGAAUACCCCAGCACCGGCUAAGAACUUGCAAGUGCUUCAUUGUUCCAAGCAUGGCUGUGGUGCUAUGCACGGCCGUUUUGAGGAGAUAACAUAUCAUUUUGAUGGCUCUGAACAAUGUCUCACUGACCCUGCUCCUGACGGCUCAUUGGAAUCUGAUGGUAUACACUUUACUGAUAUUUGGGCACAAGUUGACAAAACAAAAUCGCGCUCACGAGGCUCUGGUGACAAUCAAUCUGAUGCUAAAGACAAAUCGGUGGAUAAGGAGAAACUUAUAAGUGUCGACAAGGAUGACAAGUUUCCCUCUUCAGAUUCUUCAGGAGCUAGAACUCCAGCAGAAGAAUAUGAUAACGAGAUAAGGCGAGAGUUGAGGUGGCUUAAGGCCAAGUACCAAAUGCAAUUGAGGGGACUAAAAGAUCAGAAAUUUGGAGUUGUUCCAAAAUAUUCACAUCAAAGGUCCAGCAACAAAAUCCCAAGAAACGAUACGUUAUCAUCAGGUUCAACUCCAUCGAUAGAAAAGGAUCAGCUUCUGCUACAACAAUUUACAUCAGGCAAGCAUUUUUCGUCAGACUUUCCCAUAGAGAUCGAGAACGAAUGUUCUAAUUCUAAGGUCAGAAGAUAUCCACUUGCAUAUGGUUCUUGCAGCCCAGAGCACAUGGUCACUGCACAGAGUUUCUAUAAAGGGGCAUUGCUUCCCCACUCACUUCACAGGGCCACUUCUCUCCCUGUUGAUGCCAUAGAUUUCUAAAGCUCAUCCCUUUACCGGACAUUCAUCUGGAACCUCAAAUCAACACUGACUAGCAGUUCUUCUGCAUGAUUCAUGUACCAUAAAGAGUUUUUUUUCAACUUGUAGAGACUCUUAGCUCCAACAGAAUAUUACCUUCUUUUGGAAACGAUUUGAUGUAAAUAACCUUGGUAGAGAAAUCUUGGUCUCACCAACUCAACUUUCUUGCAAUCCAACAGGAGAGUUAUAGUAA